AGCCAGUUUCGGACCCCAAUUGGAGCUUCCAGCGCUAACGUGAACGUGUUCCAUACCACGUAAUCAACAGACGGUGACGGGAAGCACAUGCUAAACGCUACCGUAGAGCAUAAUCAUGGCGCUGGGACGCCAAUUGAGAUUUAUGCUUGGCUUUUGCUGGCUCAAUGCCUUCCUCACCGGAUUGUUAGGCAUCGCAACAUUUGCAUCCGCGAGCACGACCGACGACGGCGAAUCCAUCCUGCACAGCGAAGUCGGCCGCCAAAAUAAUCAGAGCUUGCUAUGGGGCCCCUACCGACCAAACCUCUACUUCGGGGUGCGCCCCAGGAUACCCAAGAGCUUGAUGACGGGCUUGAUGUGGGGCAAGAUCGAGACAUACACCGACUUUCAGAACACGAUACGGUACACUUGCGAACAAAAUGAGGGCAUGAAGGGCUAUGGCUGGGAGGAGUACGACCCUAGACGGGGCGGCAUCCAGACCAUCCACGACAUCCAAAACGGCCUCGACCUCACCACGUCUUUCAUCAAGGUUCCUGGCGGUGCACACGGUGGCAGCUGGGCGGCGCGUAUUAAGGGUGUGCUCAACGACGAUGCCCCCAAGGACCAGAAGACGAUUCUGGCGUAUUACGUCACCCAAGAGGGGACCGACUCGGAGCUCCAGGCUUUGGAGAGCGAGGAUGAGAAGGGUUACGAAGGCGAUGUUACAUUGAAGGGGCGGUCAGAGUCGCUGGGGAACUACAAGCUUGUCGUCACCAAAGGCGAGGGGGUCCAGCCCAAGAGCGACCAUGACAUCUCGAGCAUCCGAGGACCGGGCCAGACCGUGGUCCAGUCGCUGACCUACCCGGAGGAGCAGAUGUGGCAGGCGAAGCCGAUUCUGUUCAGACAGCUCAAGGAGGGCAUCGACUGGUUGGUGGAGAACAAGUACGAUGUCCAGGACCCCCCACCACCGUGGCAGGUGUACCUGCUCAGCAACCGACCCGGCAGUGGAAACGUCCACAUCGUACAAAGGGUCUUUGAGGGAGACUUUGAGUUUGACGUCAUCUUCUCGAGCGAGUCAGCCGGCAAGGAGCUCACGAGUGCCGAUUUGUCGAGGGAGAUCAAGGAGACCACUGAAUCCUUUGGCGACCGCUUCUCGGGCGUGUUUGCCCCGAAGGCGCCGUUCAAUGCGGACAAGUUUAAGAAGUUUGGCCGCAGCAUGUUUUCCAACCUGAUCGGAGGCAUUGGCUAUUUUUACGGCGAGUCCGUGGUGGACCGCUCUCACGCGCCCGAGUACGACGAGGAGAACGAAGGCUUCUGGGAGGAAACAGCCGAGGCGCGGGCCCGCAACCAACAGACAUUGGAGGGCCCGGCUGAACUGUUCACGAGCAUCCCCUCCCGGCCUUUCUUCCCCCGCGGUUUCCUGUGGGAUGAGGGCUUCCACCUGCUUCCCAUCGCUGACUGGGACAUUGACCUCACGCUGGAGAUUGUCAAGAGCUGGUUCAACCUGAUGGACGAAGACGGCUGGAUUGGUCGCGAGCAGAUUCUCGGUGAUGAAGCGCGCAGCAAAGUCCCCGGCGAGUUCCAAACCCAGUAUCCGCAUUACGCCAACCCGCCUACCCUCUUUCUGGUCAUUGACGCCUUUGUCGAGAAAUUAGCCAAGACCAACGGCAGUCUUCCUGUGAGCGGAGAGCACCUUUCCCAAGAUGAGCCCCUCGCCACUGCCUCCCUCGACAACCCCGAAGUUGGCCUCGAGUACCUCCGUCGCCUCUACCCGCUCCUCAAGCGCCAGUUCGACUGGUUCCGCAAGACCCAGGCGGGCGACAUCAAGUCGUACGAUCGUGAGGCCUUCUCCACCAAGGAGGGCUACCGCUGGCGCGGCCGCACCACCACGCACUGCUUGACCAGUGGGCUGGACGACUACCCGCGCCCGCAGCCGCCGCACCCGGGUGAGCUGCACGUCGACCUUCUGUCGUGGGUCGGCACCAUGGCCAAAUCCCUCAUCAACAUCGGCGACGCGCUGGGCCUGGCUGAGGACGUGGACUCCUACAAGCAGAUCCUGACCGCCAUCGAGCGCAACCUCGACGACCUGCACUGGUCUGAGAAGGACGGCUGCUACUGCGACGCGACGGUGGACGCCUUCGAGGAGAACCAGCUGGUCUGCCACAAGGGGUACAUCUCGCUGUUCCCGUUCCUGACGGGCCUGCUCAAGGCGGACAGCCCCAAGCUGGGCAAGCUGCUGAAGCUGAUCGGCGACGAGGAGGAGCUCUGGAGCCCGCACGGCCUGCGCAGCCUGAGCAAGGCGGACGAGCUCUACGGCACGGCCGAGAACUACUGGCGCAGCCCCGUCUGGAUGAACAUCAACUACAUGGCCGUUGUGCAGCUUCACAACGUCGCUACCCAAGAGGGCCCACACAAAGAAACGGCGCGCGACCUGUACUCGCGCCUGCGCAGGAACCUGGUGGACACGGUCUACCAGAGCUGGGAGGAGACGGGUUUCGCGUGGGAGCAGUACAACCCCGAGACGGGCAAGGGCCAGCGCACGCAGCACUUUACUGGCUGGACCAGUCUGGUGGUCAAGAUCAUGGCCAUGGAGGAUCUGGAGGCGCCCGCCGCGGCGGCAGCGGCGGAGCCGGAGGUGGAGACGGAGAGGGAUGAGCUUUAGAUAGAUAGAACUGGGCAUUGUAGAAUAGUUAGCUGGUUUUGUAAGUUGAUCGGCCGUUUAAAAGUAAAAGAACGAUGGCGUUUAUUUGUUUG